GAGCGGAGGGAAAAUGAGCUAGUGUCGACUGAGGAGCAGUUUACUGCGAAGCGAAAAGAUCAACCGAUAUCAGAGAAAUACAAUAUUUACAAAAUCAUUGAACUUAGAUUACUAUAGAUCAAUGGAUUGAUACUUAAUGACAUCUUACACUGGCGCCGUAAACAAACGUGAAAAGAAAACAAGUGGAGAACAAACAGUGACAUCUGUGUGCAUAUAGGUAGAUCAUGGUUAAGGAAAGACACACUUGGUGGAUUUUGGAUCCUAAGGACAACCUUUUACACAUCAAUGUGGGUGGGUUGAGGCACACUCUAUGCUCAAGCAUUCUGAGGAAGUUUCCGGACACGCGUCUUGGCCAGCUCUUGUCCUGUGACUCAGAAGAUGAUAUUCUACAGCUCUGUGAUGACUUUGAUGUUCAACAGAAAGAGUUUUACUUUGACCGUAACCCUGGCCUUUUCCCUUAUGUCCUGCACUUCUACCAGACUGGCAAGCUGCACGUUAUGGAAGAGCUGUGCAUUUUCUCCUUCUCUCAGGAAAUAGAGUACUGGGGCAUCAGUGAUUUUUUUCUGGACAGCUGUUGUAGUUACCGUUACCUUGAUCGUAAACUGGAGAGACAUCAUAAAAGCUGGGAUGAAGAGAGUGAUGUUAGCAGUGUGGAUACAUCGGUUGAUGAGAUUUCUGAUCUGAACAAAGAUAUCGAGCACUUCCAUGAAAUGCGUUUUGGAAACAUUUGGAAGUGUCUGUGGCUAACAUUGGAAAAUCCAGGUUAUUCAAUCCCUAGCAAACUUUUCAGCUUGCUUUCCAUUUGUGUGGUGUUAAUAUCAAUUGCCACCAUGUGUAUCAAUAGCCUUCCAGAGUACCAGAUAUUUGAUGAAAGUGGUAAUCCAACUGAAGACCCAACUAUGCAUGUUUUAGAAGUGUUCUGCAUCUGCUGGUUUACCUUUGAGGUAGUAACACGUAUGUUUCUUGCGCCAAACCAUCGUAAGUUCUUCCUGCUACCUCUAAACUUGAUUGAUAUCAUCUCAGUGAUGCCAAUUUACAUCACUAUCUUUUUUGAUCUGCUCAUUGGAAGUGAGUCAGAGCUGGACAACUUGGGAAAACUGGUCCAGGUGUUGCGGCUGAUGAGAAUCUUCAGAGUGCUGAAGCUGGCUAGGCAUUCAACAGGGUUAAGGUCACUAGGUGCUACACUACGGCACAGCUACAGAGAGGUUGGAAUCUUAUUACUGUACCUGGCAGUGGGUGUAUCAGUGUUUUCCGGAAUAGCUUACACUGCAGAAUAUGAAGAAGAUGUUGGUUUGGACACAAUCCCAGCAUGCUGGUGGUGGGGGACUGUUAGUAUGACAACAGUGGGAUAUGGAGAUGUAGUGCCAGUGACAGUGGCAGGAAAGCUGGCAGCAUCUGGCUGCAUCCUGAGUGGUACAUUAGUUGUGGCACUACCCAUCACCAUCAUUUUCAACAAGUUUUCACAUUUUUACCGCAAUCAAAAAGCUCUUGAGGAUUCAGUGAGAAACAGCAACAACAAGAGGUUUAAAAUAAGACAACAGAGUAACAGUGAAGACAGAGCAAUACAUGGGCAUAGCCACUGGUUGGAGGAUGGAGAGAAGGAUGAAGAUGUGAAUUAUGAGAGAGGAGUUGUCAACUUUUGCUAUGAAGACCAUCCACUGACAAACAGACUCUAAUGUGUC